CAAUCCUGCAUUUAUUAUAUAUAAACCCGGUGCGUGCCCUAAAUCCGACCCGCCUUUUCAUCGCAAUCUCUCAUCGCCGUCGCCCCACCUGCGUCUUCGUUCUCUGAGACGUUUACCCUACAGCAAUGAGGGGAAGAAGCUACAGUCCAACCCCACCACCUAGAGGUGGAUAUGGCAGACGCGUACGAAGCCCAAGUCCCAGAGGUCGUUAUGCGGGACGUGCUAGAGAUGGACCAACUAGCCUUUUAGUUCGUAAUCUUCGACGUGAUUGUCGGCCUGAAGAUCUGCGGAGGCCAUUUGGUCAAUUUGGACCUCUUAAGGACAUCUAUCUGCCAAGGGAUUAUUACACUCGGUGAGAUUAGUUUUCAGCAAUCCCCCAAGUUUUGGAAUUUAAAUACUCAUUUCUUCUGCAAGUCAUACAUCUUCACAUUUCAUAAAUUGCAUGUCAUUCAUGUUUUCCAUAGAAUUAAGGAUUUCAAUAUGGUAGUUGGUUCAACUUUAUUCAUUUGAUAUACAAAUUAGGGGUUUAUUAAAACUGUUGAGAUUUAGCAGUGAAAAAGAGUUAUGAAGACGUGAAUGAAGUAUUAAGAGUUCUGUUGACAUUCAAGUAGAGUAAGAGUUCUGUUGACAUCAAUCAGUAAGUAAAGAGUUCAAGGUGAUGUUAAUGGUAGUGAACGUUGGAAGGAUUUUGGAUAUGAAUACAAUGUGAAGAUAUCAAGAUUUCAAGUCUUGAAGAAUUUCAAGCCAUCUUUAAACUCACACUACCAAGGGAACCAAGAGGAUUUGGUUUUGUCCAAUACAUAGAACCUGAUGAUGCUGCUGAGGCCAAGUAUCAGAUGGAUGGUCAAACUUUUCAUGGUCGGCAGCUAACUGUUGUUUUUGCUGAGGAGAACAGGAAAAAGCCAACUGAAAUGCGAGCUCGGGAGCACAGGGGUGGGCGCAGUUAUGAGAGGAGACGUUCUCCUCGCUACUCACGUUCUCCACCGUCUCGGUAUGCAAGAUCUCGGAGCCGUGAUUACUACUCUCCUAGGAGAAGGGACUACUCUAGGUCUGUCUCUCCAGAUGGGAGAAGAAGCCGGGAGAGAUCUUACUCGCAUUCUCCAGAUCGGUCCCCAGUUUAUAACGAUGGGUCGAGGAGCCGGAGCCAAACUCCAGUAAGGGAUCAUUCGCCACCUUACUCUAGGAGUACCAGCAGAAGUCCAGGGGGCAGGAGAGCCCGUUCUCCCCCACACGCCAAAAGCAGGAGCCCUGUUGGAGGCGCAAGGGGUAGGAACUACGACGGCCCGCCAGAAUAUCCCGAAAGUUAAUCUCUCUCUCUCUCUAGAAGUUGCAGGCUUGUUGCAGGCGAGCUAAGUCUAUAUUGUCACUUUUGUAGCUGCUACCUUUAAAUGCACUCUUAUUGAGGGGUGAUUCCUUUGGGUCUACCUUUUAUGUUUGUGUGAGAUAUGUGAACCUGACUAAUUUAUGUUCUUUCUAGGAUUGUUUGUAACUGGAAUUGCCUUGUUUCUUUUCUAAUGGGGCCAGAAAAUGUUUUCAUUAUAUUAUUUUAUUCCCCGUUCUGUUGAAAAAUUGUUUCCAAUGUUUUUGGGUUAAAUAUGUUUCUGAUUUCUUUAUAAAAGUGAUUUUUUAUU